GGAGCGGCCCCUCCCGGACCGCCGCCGCCGCCGCCCCAUUAGCGAGUGUUUAGUUCAGCGUUUUAAAUAAUUGUGUCCUCGGAAUGAUAUUUAAAAUCCAUUUGGGGAGCAAUGAGGCGGGAAAGUGCCUGCGCGCUGCGUCCGCUGCCGGGCAGGGAAGCGCCGCGCGGGCAUAUUACAAACUCAUUACGGGGUAAUUUACACAUCCGCGCUCGGCUCCCGACUUCAUUUCUCCUAAUGGCCUCGCCGGCCGCCGCGCCCCGCCCCGCCCCGCGGCUGGGCGGCGUGGGCGAGAGGCGGCGAGGACCGCUGGCUGCAGGAAAUGGAGCCGCAGUUGGUGGGUCCCUCCCCGGCCAUGAUUCGGGCCCAGCUGGGCGAAGAGCUCCGGCGCGUACGCCAGGCGGACUACGAGGCCGAGUACCGGGAGGCGCAGGACCACAUCCGCGAAGCCCUCUUCGAGCUGGAGGGGCCGAACCUGCGCGAGCAGCUGCGCGAGGAGCUGCGCCAGUGGUUCAUCGAGUGCCACGACCUGGUUGGCCGCUUCCCCGACUACCCAGAGGAGGAAAUUGAGGGCUGUGAGGUCCUUUUCGCCCAAAAGACCCCAGAAGAGGUGCGGGCUGAGCUGGAUCUGGCCGAGGUCAAGGUCGACACAAAGAAGAAGGAGAAGGAGAAGAAGGAGGAGAAGGGGAAGGGGAAGAAGAAGGAGGAGGAGGGCAAGAAGGGGAAGGACAAGAAACCGGAGGAAGAUGAAGGGCUGAAGCUGGCUCCCUCGAAGUUCCUGACCACCAUUAAUCAGGGAUUCCUGCGGUACACGGGCUGCUGGAGCGAAGAGGACGAGGCCAUCAACUUUGAGCAGCGCUGCCAGCUGAAUCUGAUCAAGGCUGAGAAGAGGAGAGAGGUGGAGGCGGAGAUCCGGCUGCAGGUGGACGAACUGAUGCGCGAGGAGCUUCGGCACCUGCGGCUGGCCAUUGACCAGGAGGAGACGAAAACUCUGAAGACCCCCAAGUCCAAGAAGAAUGCCAAGCAGAAAAAAGGAAAAAAAGAAAAGGACCUGACGCCAGAGAGAACCAUUGAUUCGCUGUAUAAAGAACUGGUGCUCCAGGGCAUUGUUAAGAAGCCCCAGAAGGUGCAACUGGCUGAGUACUCAGGGGACUUCUGUUACCUGGGAGCCAUCUUACGCCAGCAGGAAAUCGAGCCCAUCCCCUCUAUGCUGGAUGUUCGGCAGAACAUUGCCCUGUAUGCUAUCCUGCCUCUUGGUUCUCAGACUGUGCAUGAAUUGGCCCCUCAGGUGAGGUCAGUCCUCCUGGCCGGUCCUGCAGGCACUGGGAAGAAGAUGCUGGUCCAUGCCAUUUGCACUGAGACAGGUGCCAACUUUUUUGACCUUUCGCCAGACAAUGUGGCUGGCAAGUAUCCUGGCAAGAGUGGCCUCCAGAUGCUGAUCCACCUGGUAUUCAAGGUAGCCCGCAUUUUGCAGCCAUCCGUCAUCUGGGUGGGGAAUGCAGAAAAGACGUUUUACAAGAAGGUCCCCAAAGAGGAGAAGGAGCUGGAACCCAAACGGCUGAAGAAGGACCUGCCGAGGGCCCUGAAAUUGCUGAAGGCUGAGGACCGCGUGCUGCUGAUCGGAACGACCAGCAAGCCCUACCUAGCUGACGUCAAGGGCCUGUGCAAGGCCUAUGAGAGGGUCCUGCUGAUUCCCCAGCCGGAUUAUGCGUCUCGCUAUGGCUUCGGGGAUCUCCGCUGUCCUGCAAUAGUUUGCUCGCUCCUUCACCCCGGCCUCCCCUUGCACCCCGCAGUGACGUGGCGGUGGCUGAUCCGGAAGCAUGGGGGCAUGGUCACCAGCAGCCUGGACCUCAGCGCUCUGGCCAAGGUGUCAGACGGCUACAGCCAAGGCAGCAUGGCGCAAGCUGUGAAGCUGGUCCUCAGCGAGCGGCGCCUCCUGCAGCUCCCCAAGAAGCCGCUGUGUGCCGGGGAGCUCCUGCAGAUGCUGGCCAGGGCGGACCCUGUCUACCCCGAGGAGCAGGACCUCCUGAAGGAGUGGUACAAGAAAACUCCCCUGGGCAAGAGAAAGCUGCAGGCAGAGGAGGAGAAGCUCAAGCCAACAGAAACGAAGGACAAGAAGCAGCAGAAGAAGUAGAGCCGUUGGGUGGUGGCAACACUGUGGGCAUUCGUGGCAAAUAGAGUGCAUAGGUGUGGAGGAGUGUGUGCACGUGUGUAACACCAAGAAUGACCCUGGCAUAGCACCCAGGACGAGGAACCAAGGUCCUCCCCUGGGCACUGGUGCUGCCGUGGAUUUGUAGUGGGGAAGGGGGGUCUCAG